GCUUCGUUUAUAAAAACCUUCGUGCGCAUAAAAGCGGAUAUUUAUGGGAUUCGAAUAUGAAGAAGCUAUAUAUAUAUAUAUAUUCCAUUUUUACCCUUCUAAAUAAUAAUAGCAAGUGAAGAGCUAUCACAGAGUUAUCUAACACAAUAUUAUUUGAGGCGCCCUCUUUUGGUCUAUUCGUUUAUGAAAAUCCCCAUACAGGCUAUUUAUAGCACGUUGACUCAGCCACAGCUGAUCUUACACAACGUGUUCCUAAAUGCGUGUUUGAGCCGAUGUCAUAGUUUUGUAUCCUAUAAAACAUAAAACAGAUAAAGUUGUGUGUUAUAGGGAUCCCUUCAGUUAUUUAUAAACUCCCCGUACAUAAGACAGAAGUGUAACGAGCAGGUAUAUGGUCCUCCAGGCAGUCAUCAGUCUUUGUGGGGAUAUCGGCUUUUUGUUAGAUUUUAUAACCUCAGUGCCAUGACGCUGUGCUUUUGAAACGUGCGGCACGCAUUUCGUCAUACGAAGUUUCUAGAAAAGGACUACGCUCGCUGAUAAUUUUCAUCAUUCCAAAGGAAUCAGAAGCAUAUCACAGGCACACGAGGACUCAAUCCUUCGUUCGUACAGUACGACGGCCAGUGACAAUUCUACUUUAUAUUUUAUUAGUGAUUACUUUACAUUUAUCGAUGUGUAUCAUGGCAAGAGCAAUUACAUCACACGUUUCUGCUUUUAAGACAUUUCAUAGGGGCUCCGAGGAAAUACCUUAUUACCCUCAUAUUAAGUGUGAACCAAACGCAGGGGUGGAGCUUGCCCAAGUGGCUCUUUGGGCCAUGUCAAGGGAAGAGGCUCAGCACGUUAGACCUGACAGCGAGCCCUCUAGCCCCACCGUUUGGCAAGGCGGUUGGCAGGAUUUAGAGAGCUCUAAUAACAGCCGAAGCUCGCAUGAUGUGAAGUCUGAAGAAUAUGAUGAAGAUGGAGAAGACAGUAAGUCGGAGUCCCUGGAAUCUGCGGGGAAUUCCGACGAAGAAUGGAAGCCUACAACUGAAGAUCGUCGUAAGCGACGCCGCGAACAGAACAAAAUAGCCGCUAGGAAAUGUAGGGAGAAAAAGAGAAAGCAAGCGCUGCAAACUAAAAAGGAAACUGAACAGCUAGAAUCAAGAAACGCUGAAUUACGAAGGAAGAUCCGUGAACUAGAGAGCAAAAAGAAACUUUUAUUGGAAUUAUGCUCCAGGAAGAUGAAAACACAAAUGAACUCACCAAAAAAACUGUGGAGGCGACAAUCGCAACUCGCAAACAACGAUGCCAGUUAAAAACCCGUCCAUGGAUAGUUUCGUCUGUAUGACGAACUUUGUGGAGCCGUUUUAAGUUAGAGGACGAGAUCCACCCGAGAUCCCGUCCUCUUGAAUCGGCAAUUAAUGUAAAGCUCAGGGCCUUGCUGUUGGACAGUGAGAAAGAUAUGUACAUAAAAAUGUAAAUAUUAUAUAAUAUAUACUUGAAAUGACAAUGGGAAUGUCAGUAACGUGCAAGAGAUGGCGCUGCAGAUGUGAGUUGAAAAAAAAAAACAAAACGAAAAAACAAAGGGUGCUUGAUAUGAGGAUCGGGAAAAUGUCGGUAUACCUGUAAGGCCUGAGAAAUCCUAAUUAUAUGAACUACAAUACGGUGAAUCUCUGGUUGCUGUAACUGUGGCUUUCUUUAUCUUACUGUACCACGGCUGGGCUGAAGGAACUUACGGAACAAAACGCUGUUACUGCAUAUGUAAAACCGGCUCGAUAAAAAUGAUUUGAACAUAUGCAUGGGGAAUUACUCGUUUUUACAUUAUUGUUUAUGUCAUAUCUUAAUUAUGGUUUAUAGCUAUAUGUCAUUCCACUAUAUAAGUUAAAUGAGAUUUAUUCUUUUGUACUUUGUUAGGGUAUUACAGUUCCUCGUAAAAAUGUUAGUCAUAUAACACAGAUACUGAUAAAAUCAACAACUAGCCUCUGCUCAGAUCACUCUGAGAUUUUGCGAUUAACAUUUAUCAGAAGCAUUUCUAAGGAUCUCCUGAUGGUGGAAUUUAAAUGUUAUCCAAUGGAGUGGUUAAUGCGCAAAAGGUCACCGUUAAGAUUGAUAUACUCGGUUGUGUAAUAUGGUAAUAACGAUGUUUUAAUUGCACAACUAUAACCUACACAAAACCAGUGAAUGAAACGAGUGAAAUUCAGUUUCUGUUACCAGGUUGUUUUGUAUUUGUUUUGUACUUAAUAUGUAAGUAAAGAGUUGGUUUAUAACUGGACUUUUGUUUUUUAUUCAAUUUGAAAUACUUAAACUAAUCUGAAUUGAAUGGGUCAGAAGCUCUCAGUUUUUUCACUAUAUAUAUCUUAAUCUCGAUAGGUCCAACUUAUCAGAGUGAACCAUGUAUGAUGUAAU